CAGUUUUCUCGUCUCGAGUUUUGUGUGUGUGUUUUUGUUGAGGAGUUUGAAUCAGUUUUUUUUUAGUUGUGAUAGCAAACAUGUAUGAAGUCGACAUACGCAGGCCAAUGUGAACUGAGAAGUGGAGGCAUACCUGUAGAAGGCAAUUUGUGUAGUAUUUUGUGUUAGUGUUACCAGCCAUCAUGGAGUGCCCCCUACUUGGCAGGGAGUUGGUCCUGCCCGUGUGUUUGUUGGUCAAUUUGAUGUCGUCAAUUUGUAUCGUGGUCUUGAACAAAUGGCUGUACACAUACCACCACUUUCCAAACAUCACGCUGACCGCGCUACAUUUCGUAAUGACCUGGCUUGGACUAGUAGGCUGUGCUGCGGCUGGGCUCUUUAAGCCCAAAAAACUACGCAUAAUGUCUGUAGUGCCGCUUGCAAUGUCCUUCUGUGGAUUUGUGGUCUUCACGAAUCUGUCCCUGGAGAGCAAUACGGUGGGCACGUACCAGCUGAUGAAGGCUAUGACCACGCCAUGCAUUGUCGUUAUCCACACGUACUUCUACAACAAGCGCUAUAGUGUUCCUGUAUUGCUGACGCUGAUACCUAUAACUCUUGGCGUGGUGUGCAACUCCUACUAUGACGUUCGUUUCAAUGUCUGGGGAACAGCGUAUGCCACCAUUGGCGUCUUGGUGACUUCAGUCUACCAAGUUUGGGUUGGAACGAAACAGACCGAAUUGGAAGCCAGCUCAAUGCAGCUGCUCUUUUACCAAGCGCCUAUUUCAGCAUGCAUGCUAUCAGUAGUUGUGUUUUUACAAGAACCACCGUGGUCAUCAACUGGACUGUUCUCUAUUCUAACUCUUCGUGUUUCGGCCCUUGUGUUGCUGUCGGGUGUUGUGGCAUUCUCUGUGAACCUGUCGAUCUUUUGGAUUAUUGGCAAGACAUCGCCUGUUACCUAUAAUAUGGUGGGCCACACGAAGUUCUGCAUUACAGUCCUGUCUGGUACUCUGAUAUUCCACGACCCAAUUUCACUGAACCAGGCUGUUGGGAUGUUCCUUACGUUUUCCGGCGUUCUGACCUAUACGCACUUCAAGAUUGGCGAGCAAUCAAGCAAGAACUCGGGAACGCAGCAUAUGAAAACGAGCGCGUAGCAAUUACUGAACUGGUUCGUUGCAAAGCAGACUAGGAAAUGUCCUUAGUCAGAGGUGACCUUGGUGGUUUCUUUAAAAAAAAAACCCAAUUUGAUAUCGAAUUUGUUCAAUCACUUUAUACCGAACCUAUUAUCCUGUGUUAUUCCUAGUUUCUGUUUUGUUUUAUCGUGCUUUCUUGAGCUGUGUAAGUCAGCCAUUUUAAUUUGUAGGCCUUCUAGCUUCUCUGAUAACUUUCUGGUUUAGUACGUCAGCUUUAACAUAGCAUGGCUGGCCCAUGCGCUAAUAAUAUAAUUAUGCCCCAUCCUGAAAUACUCAACUCAUCCACCGUGUGUGACUAACUAUCAUGUCACAUAUUAUACAUAAUUAUACUUAUGCCGAAUUUCCUGCACCCUAAUUUCAAGCCAUGCUCAUUGUGUAAGUCCAUAUCGUGCCCACGCAUCUGCAUUAUAUUCCGAUUCAUCUUCUUUCACUGGAGUUCGUACAAUAGUGCUGGCUAGGGAGUAGUAGAAUACCCUGGUGCUAGCUAGUGAAAUUCGA